GCGAUCUCCAGGUUUCAUGUCGCCGCUUCCUCGGCUCGCAGCGAUGAAGCAGGGAACGGUAGUUUCGACGUUCGAGGAGGCGAAGAACUUGAGGAGUGACGCUGUGGCACCGCGGAUGCGGUUCGCGCCAAGUCCAACGGGUUCACUUCACGUCGGAGGAGCCCGGACGGCCUUGUACAACUGGCUUGCUGCUCGUAAGGCAGUGGAUGGCAAGUUUCUUUUGCGAAUCGAGGACACCGAUGUCGCCCGUUCUACUCGCGAGAGUGAAGAUUCGAUGCUCGCUGACCUAGAGUGGUUGGGCCUCGACUGGGACGAGGGGCCUCGUGUGGGUGGUCCGUGUAAGAUGUAUCGACAGAGUGAGCGUUCAACAAUAUACAAGGAAGCGGUCGACUUACUCGUAGCAUCUGGCCAUGCGUACCCUUGCUUUUGUUCCGAGGAGGAGCUAGAGGAGAAACGGGUGAAGGCAAAGAUCGCUGGUUCUCAAGUCGCCUACGAUGGGACCUGGCGCGAGGCAGACCCAGAGCAAGUGCGGGAGAAUCUCGCCGCCGGUCUGCCCCACACUUACCGCUUUAAGGUGCCAAAAGGCAAAGUGGUCAGCAUCGACGACAAGGUUCGGGGGCGUGUUGAGUGGGAUGUGCAGGCAACGAUUGGCGACUUCAUCUUGCUACGAUCGAGUGGAGUCCCUGUUUAUAACUUCUGUGUUGCAGUCGAUGAUGCGCUUAUGGGUGUCACAACCGUGGUUCGUGCAGAAGAGCACCUUACCAACACAGUGCGUCAACUCCUUGUCCUUGAAGCCUUGGGAUUCACAGCACCUGAAUACGCACAUGCUUCCCUCAUUCUUGGCUCGGACAAAUCAAAACUUUCUAAACGCCACGGUGCAACAUCAUGUGGCCAAUUCCGCGAGAAAGGCUACCUCCCCGACGCAAUGGUGAACUAUCUCGCCCUCCUCGGUUGGAAUGAUGGCACAGAUAAGGAAGUCUACUCACGCGAAGAGCUCAUCGAGGCGUUUGACCUGAGCCGGGUGACAGCGUCGCCUGCCAUGUUCGAUGACGCCAAGCUCCGUUGGCUAAAUGGUCAGCAUCUUCGUGCAAUGCCCCUGGAGCCUCUGUUGCCACUAGUGCACGAGGACCUAACGGCACGAGGCCUUCUACAACAGACUGGCAGCGAGGUUUCUGACAAGAUUGGAGCCUUUCUAAUGGCCGCAACGGUCGCCGCCCAGCCCAAGGCUGAAUUGGUCACUGACAUUGCCGACAUGGCAGUCGCAGCGCUCUCGUAUCCAUUCACAGAGACGCUCGGUAGCACUGAAAGCGCAGAGCAGAAGCGCCUCAAGACUAUCCUGGACGAUGACUUCGCAGGCUUUGCUGUUGCCCUAGCAGCAUCCUUCGAUAAUCGCGAGGCGCCAGAUUACUGUUACGAUGCCGUGCUCGCAGCGGAUGUGGAUGAAUCGCUUGUCCUUGAAUGGCUCACAAGGGUGGGAUCUAGAGAGAAUCGAUACAAAAAACGUCUGCUGAUGCCGGCCCGCCUCGCCCUCACUGGCUCAACGACGGGCAUCGAUGUUUCUAGCCAGCUAAAACUGCUUCAAUGCGCCCUCGACGCUGGUGUUGACGCAUCUUUCCUGGUCCCUAUGCACGAGAGAAUCAGACAACUUAAAGACUGGGCCAUCAGCGAUAUUGGCGCUGUUGUAGGGGACAAUAUUGGUGUCGAUCAUCCCAGGAAAGAACCGACAGCAACGAUCAUAGACCUAAAGACCUUUUCCAAGCUUCGCAUGGUCUAUGAGGCAAACCGCCGCAGGGCCGAGGAAGAUAUUGAAAUGUUUGAGAUUCUAAAAGCUGCAUACGAGCAGCUCUGAAAGCGACUCAUGCAUGGAAGCACCGCAUCAUACCUCAUCUGCACCUCACUUACAUCCGAUGUGCAAUCUGCUAUCUCCGGCGUUAUUGAGCUUCAGCCUAAGGGGCCGACGCUCGUGCCUUGUAGUGCCCAGACGCGGCGAACUGCCCUUUAAGGUCUAGGCUCCUAUCAACCAAACCCCCCAGCCCGCUCCCCAAGCCCGACCCCAAGCAGCGAGCCCAAGCCCAAACGCGGAAAUACUAGGUACCUCCGAGGUAUCCUACGUGGGAUUUCGUGAGGCGGAUCAACCACAAACAAAAGGGGUGCUGAGAAUCGACUCGUUCGAGCUCUAGAGCUCCAGCAAGCUCACAACCGAUGCCCGCCAUGGAAUUCAUAACGCUGCUACACC